AAGUUUGCUGGCUACUCGUUCGUUCAUUCAUUCUAUCGCUCUCAAGAGUGUCAUCAAAAUGUUCAACCCCAUUGAGAUAGAUGAGUUCCACCAAGUGGUUCGGCUCUACCGAAUCUUUAAACCCAUCGUAACAUGCCUUCUGAUUACAGUGGCUUUGUUGAUCUACAUAAUACUCUGGAUAUAUACGAACAAGCCAUGAACGGAGGCUCUACUGAUAUGUUCCGUCGCAAAAUUUGGGAAGAUCUUCGUUCAUCAAAACCCUUCUCUCCAUAUUAUUUCCCGAAAUCUGCGACUUCUUCAAAAUGUGAGGAAAUAGAAAGAAAGGAGUCUCUGUUUCGUGGGAAGUAUGAUGUGCGUCGUAGUCUUGUCAGUCUUGCAUGUGACAGUGGUGUGUUGACAAUACUCUGUAUGUGCUUCAUAGGCCGAGAUCUAGGUUUGAAUCUUCCCUCCGAUCCCAUUAUUUUCUCGAAUGUCGAAGAUUUAUUUAAAGCCGAUUUAGGCGCUCUGAUUUCCUCGACCCCUCGUAUUUCUUCGGUGCGUUUCCUUCCCUCAGGAUUUGACGCGCGUCCUGUCCUGUCCUGCCCUGUCCUGCGUAUAUUCGCACAAUGACCGCGGGGCACUGAGGUUCUACUUCGUCGACCUGUCAGGCAAGUCGCCGGUGAAGAUGACCUGCCGAGAGGCUGUGAGUACAUGGUUAUGUCAGGUCAUUCGCUCUGAGAACCACGUACGUCUCAACCACGUUUGCGGGUGCUCAGGAGGCCCCGACGAAGCACUUUCUCGUCUCUCGAGCUCUUCUCGGAUUAUUGAGAAGGACGAGCGGUGACGAGGAGAAUUCCAAAUCUUUCUGCUGUGCUCUGGGUUUGUCAUUCUCGUGUUGCCUGCUGUUGCAUUCUCUCCAGCGACGGGAGAGUUUCGUGUUCUGUUUGGAGUUCGUUUGGAAAUUUGGUGUGCGAGGAUUUUCGAGUCGAAGAAUUUUGAAGCGGCAAGUUUUAGGGUGACGAGGUUUGGAGCUUGUCUGCAGACAAUCGGGUAAUCGAUGGAGCAGGUAAAGCGGUCGGAGGGGGAGGGAGCUGACAUGACCGUCUAUCAGAUUUUGGUCAGAAACUUGGACGGAAAAACCCGAUGUCUUCGGUUUUCGUCCAAGGAUCUAUUGUGCGAGGACUUGAAAGCGGAAUUGGCCGUGAGUGAAGGUAUUCCUGGAGCUUGGCAAAGGCUUGUGACUGGGACACGAGAGCUUGUGACAGGAAGCAGUCUUGUAGCCGAUGCGAAUGGUUUCUUUCCGUCUUGCAGCUUGCUGUUGCGGUUGAGAGGAGGCAAGGGGGGUUUUGGGUCGCUUUUGAGGGGUGCGGCGACCAAAGCGGGACAGAAGAAAACGAGCAAUUUUGAUGCAUGUCGUGACAUGAGUGGAAGGAGACUGCGUCACGUGAAUGCUGAGAAGAAAUUGAAAGAGUGGAAGUCUGAAGCUAAGGAGAGAGAAUUGGAGAAGACAGCUGAGGAAUUUCUGAAGAAGCGUAGGAAAGUAGAGGAGGAGGACUCUGGCGUCGCCGUUGAUCUGGAAAAGUUCAGGAACGAUAGCUUGCUAGCCAGGGAACAGGUAGCCGCAGCGGUGACGGAUGGGCUUGUAGAGGCUCACAAAUUAGCUCUUGAUCUGAAGAGGAAGAAGGUUGAGGCAGUGGAAGUGGAUGCCAAGAGACCUAAAUUAAGGCUCUAUGGUGACUCUGACCUUGAAGACUCUGACUCGGACGAGGACGAGGAAGAUUCUGAUAUUGAAGAGGAGGCAGGUGCGUCCGCAUCGGAGGAAAACGGAGCAAGUCCAUCCAGCUCCUGUAAAACAGAUGGAAGCGAAGCUGAUCAAAGUGAUAAAUCGGAGUUAAACGAAGAUGUUCCAUCUUGCUCCGAUAAACCGGAAGCAACCGAAUCUAUAGUACUUCCGGAAAUUGAAGCUUGAUCAUAGUUAGUUGGCCUCCAUAGUUGUAAAUUUAGACGUAGAGCACGGCCAAUGCCGCAAUCUUUUGUAAAUGUAUCCAACCGUUGUAUGUGGUAGCGCCAAUUUUUUUCCACCCAUCAUAAACUCACUGUGAACUUUUGAUGCUGAGAUAUUUCAAACUCAGAGUGGGUGGAAACGCCUGACGAUGAAGCUCAUGACGGAAAGGUAGAAGCGGCUAUCGACCGGACUUGGAUAGUUAGAAUAGAUUUUCUCUUCUGGAUAUCGACGAUUGUGCUUUUGAGAUCAGAGUUGAACUUGUCUUAUUUAUAGCCAAGGCCGGUAUUCGGACUUAGUCGACCCUUUUUCACGAUCCUACUACAUUGUGGAAGAAUGGGGUGUAAUGAGCUCUCGUAAGCAAAUUUUGUUUAAUAUCUUUCAAUAAAUUUGGGAGAUUGCAGUCCUCUUUUGAAUA